UUUCUCGCUUCAGUGCUCUUUCCCCAAACCAUUCACCCACCGACGCGCCGUUGACGCCUGUCCGCGCAGCAGCUCGGUCAAGUAUCUACCGAGUUCUAGUGCCCGCGUGCAACAAUGGCUCGCGGCUCAGCCUUCUCCAAGGCACACCCUCCACCACCCAUUCCUCGUGAGGGAGCGCAAAUCGAUGCUACAACCAUAGUCUCACUUCUUGCUGUGGCUGUUGUACUCGGUGGCGCGUAUGGCACAUCUGUCAAGGUUCUGCCUUCUACUGCAACCAUCAAAACGCGAAUCUUGUUCGUCUGGCACCUCUUUGACGCAUUAAUCCACCUCGUCUUCGAAGGCUCCUUCCUCUACAACUGCUUCUUCGUGUCCUACUCGCUCCCGACUUCCUUCUCUGUCACGACGCGGCACCAUCCCCACAUCCGCCUCCUCACCCCGCCUGACGUGUACUGGCUCGGGGCCGAAGAUCGCUUGUACGGUGCCAAUUAUGGUACAGGCCCGUUUAGUAGGCUGUGGCAGGAGUAUGCGAAGGCGGACAAGCGGUGGGGAGGCGUGGACUUGACGGUUGUCAGUCUCGAGCUUCUGACUGUUUUUAUCGGGGUGCCAAUGUGCAUCUGGAUUUGUGAGCUGCUAAGACGGGAGGAAAGGAAGGGCGUGCUGAAGAGGUGGUUUUGGAUGUGCUUGCUGGCGACGGGGGAAUUAUACGGAGGGUUCAUGACUUUUGCCCCCGAAUGGUUGACGGGCUCGCCAAAUCUCGACACCUCGAAUUGGAUGUACCUUUGGCUCUACCUCACCUUCUUCAACAUGCUUUGGGUCAUCUUCCCGCUGUGGAUAUUGUUCGAAGCAUACCGAGCUAUGAGCUCAGCUAUGUCGCAAGCUGAGAUGGUGGAUUUGGUGAAUUACUUGAAGAAGGAUGACUGAGCUUACUUCGAAUCCCGAGGAUUAACACUGCGGAUUGUGUCGUUGAUCAACGAUACUCUAGAUUUGAUUAUACAUCUGAUAGUUCCUCCUCCGCCCCACGAAAGCCCCUGCUAAACAGGAGCUACCUUGACCGGUUCUGAUGUUUUGUUCAAACGGUGUCCUAUCUCUCCUAUCUCAUACAUGGCGAGGCUGUUUUGGCGAUUUUGGUGGGGUUUAAGCCCGCAAUUUUUGUCAUUCUCAAUACCAGGUUGGAUAUAUGUGUUUGGUAUUAUACCCCACCCGCAUUCCUGCAACUAUUAUU